CGGAAACGCGUCAGAGUGAGCCCUCCUGUGCAUCGCCUGCUCUCUGCUUUAGGAAACGUGUCCUUCCUGAGCUCCGGUAGAUGAAGGAGCCUCAUUUCUCGGCCUCGGAACAUCUCCAGCAGAACCUCUGAAUAGACCCAUCAUGGCAGAAGCAGAAGCCGCGCUGAACGCCUCGGACUCUAACGGGACCGAAGCGGUGAACGCCUCGGCUAAGUUCGUGGCCACUCCGGAGGGGACGGCGCUGGCCUACGGCAGCCUGGUGCUCAUGGCCCUGCUGCCCAUCUUCUUCGGAGCGCUGCGCUCCGUCACCUGCUCCAAGUCCAAGAAUUCGGCGGAUGCUCCAGAGACCAUCACCAGUCGGGACGCGGCCCGGUUCCCCAUCAUCGCCAGCUGCACCCUGUUUGGACUCUACCUCUUCUUCAAGGUCUUCUCUCAGGAGUACAUCAACCUGCUGCUGUCCGUCUAUUUCUUCGUCCUGGGCGUCCUGGCUCUGUCUCACACCAUGAGCCCGGCCAUGUCCAGAAUCUUCCCGGCAUCCUUCCCCAACAAGCAGUACCAGCUGCUCUUCACUCAGGGCUCUGGAGAGUCCAAAGAAG